AUGGACUUUCAAAGCGUGAAUCCUCUAAAUGUUCGGCUAAACAUGGUGUCAGUGCCUGGGUAUUUUUUUGUGCCGAAAGAGAAGGCUCUGAAAGACGGCCUAAUCGGUUUAGUGAUUACCAUGGAAGUGAUCACUACAGUCAUACGAAUUCACACAUGCAGAGGACUAGUGCAACAAUUAAUUCAGAACUUAAAUGAUAUUCUGCGCAUGGAUGACGAGUUGAUGAGAAAUAUAGUUAUAACGACUAUAAAAGCUAUGGAAAUGCCUCUUAAAUUUUAUUGGUCGGCCGGUGUAAUGUCCAUAUUAUUGUGGAUUGAUUACAGGAUGCCAGUUAUAUUCAGUAAAGAGCCAUUCUCGACCGGUAUCUUUGUUUUGGGAAGUGUCGUUAUGAUGAGCAGCAGUGCGUAUAUUUUUACAAAGAAAGUUAGCGUGGAUAGUUACAUGAUAAAUAUGAUAUUGCUGACAACGGCACAAUAUAAAUACGUCGCAUUAAAACUAUCGAUGAUAUUUCAAAAUAAGUCUCUUCCGAGUGAUCAGGACAAAUCUGAUACAAAAAAAUGUCAUCUUAAGAGAGAUUAUUAUAUUGAAAAAAAGAUAAAAGCUUUAUGUCGACAUCAUAACAUGAUUAUUCAGUAA